UGCGGCAAAACCUGAAUACGUCUGGUGCACACACAUGUAUUGCACAAAACUUCUAUUCCCUUCUUUAAUUAGAAUACAGUCUGCUUCAUUGAGGGAGAUGUAGGUUGUACAAACAGACUGAUUUACAGCGAGGUGUACAUCACUUUUCUCUGAAAUAUUUGGCUCUAGCAACGUAUCUGGUAUCUGUGAGGUAUAGUUUCAUCAAAAUUAUGAGAUCAUUCUUCGGUGUCUUAUCAUCAUCUUUGGAAGCUUGAUGGUGCCUCUUAAAAUAUUUGCCUUGAUGGAAUGAAUGUUAUUGGAUGUUUAUAUGACACCAAUACCACGAGUUAUGACAGACACCGAGUGUGAUUAAUGAACACGGCUAAAAUGUUCACCGUGUCAUAUAUCUCCGGAUGUAUUCUUGGAUGAUACUCUCUUCAAACGUGUUCAGAAUUAGACACGUAUGGGACAGAUUCACAAUCGCCUCAAUAUUUUGGGGCCAAUUCUCUUAAUCAGUUCAUGAAGAAUCUUUCAUUUUCAAGUACAUGUAAUAUUCUGCGAUGCAUUACUUUUAAUGAAAUGGAAUGGUAUGCAUUGUUUAGCACAUAGUUAAAUCAUUUCAAAUCUUAGAUGAAUACCCAACGUCAACCCAUCAAGACUGUCAUCAAAGCUUCAGCAACAUGACUUCGGAUAUCUCCCCAGUGGCUUCGGAAGUUUCGUUGACUUCUACGAUUGAGUCAGAUAUAGGAUGUGUCGGUUACAUGUGCCUAACACAUAGUCAAAUCAUCGGAUUCUUCGUCUUCGACAUCAUAAUAGCCGUCGUCAUACUGGUUGGCAACACUCUUGUCGUCCUCAGUGUCGCUAGGACGCCCUCACUACGAUCUCAGAACAACAUCUUCCUGGCCAGUCUGGCCGUGGUUGAUUUCCUGCUCGCCAUCGUAUGCAUCCCUCUUGACAUCAUCGUCGGACUGGGAUUCAAACCCGACGUGACAUCAUGGGCGUGCCUGUCCCUGAGCGUCGUCAUCGCUACGAUGGUGUUCCUCACCAUCUUACACAUCACCGUGGUCGCGUUUGAUCGCUUUCUCGCGAUCACGUCGCCGUUCACGUACCAGCAAAGGAUGACGAAUGGUCGGGUAGCGUGUUUGAUCGCCGGCAUAUGGUUGAUAACCCUGGUUCUUAGCUCGACCGCCUUCGCGUGGAACAACGUCCCGGAUUUCCACGACACCGCCUGCGACCUUCUCUACAUCCAAGGCAAGGGAUAUCGUGUCAUGAUCGUCAUGCUCAUCAUGUUCGUUCCUACAACGUUGAUGUCCUACUGGUACUAUCGUAUCUACCGCGUCGCUCGUAGUCAUCGUCGUCGGAUAGCCGCACUCGAGCGCGUCCUUGAAUCAAAAGCCUUCGCUCGAGCCAAAUACGCGACAUCGCUCAAAAAGGACCUCAAAGCCGCGGUCACACUCAUGCUCGUAUUUGGCCUCUUUAUCAUUGGGUGGCUGCCGGCAUCGUUGAUCACCAUCAUUGACGUCCUCGUACCCGACGUCCGACUGGAUGAGAUAUACAUCUACGAGCUUAUCUGUUUCAAAAUCGCCUUCUCUAAUAGUGCAAUAAACCCUAUAAUUUACGCGGCAAGGAACAGGGAUUUUCGUCGGGCUUUUGCCCGUCAACUUGGUCUCGUUUUCAGGUGUGCUUGUUGGGCCAAACUUACUAAAACAUGUAAAAAGAGGCGUGGUUCUGAUGCAACUGAGAACAGAGAGUCAGUGACAACGUUGUCGUCGACGAUUAGAUUGAAUUGAUUGGAAUUUUUACUAGAGGCAGAUUUAUGUCAACGUCGUGAUCUCGACUUCACUCUGAAAAGGAUUCCUUAAUAUCAAGAGAGAGUUCAAAUGUUAUAAUGUGUGAAUUUUCAGCAAAGAGGUUGUAAAUUAUCCAAUUAAAACAAAUCAAUUGUCGAUUUGUGAAAUGUUUCUGAAUCCAACCAUGAUGUACUGAUUCGCUGACAUCCUGAGUUUCAAUCGGGUUUACAAAAUGAAUAAAAUUGAUUUUUACUAGUAUUUAACCUCACUUUUUAAACAUAGUAUAUUAAGUAAUGGUCUUUUCUUUAAAAGAACAAACAGUUAUAUUUCCUAUAGCGAUGAGUUUUCAAGGGUUCCAUGACACUUUCUCCUGCUUACACGUUACGCUAAACAUUAAAUCUAACCUCCGAAACUAAAUAAAUCAUAAUCUUUAUCUUUACACUAUUCUGAAUUCAAUGAAAAAAUUAUAUUACAUUCAAAACUUUAGCCCCAUUCCCUUUGAUUAAGACCAGGGGAGCGUUUCAUGAAAGGACUUGUCGGACGUUUUAUCCGGCAAGUA